CUUUGCACUAUUCAAAUGAACGUUGGUAGCAUUUUUACCGUGAGCGAUGGGGCUUCUCCUUCUAUAAAUUUCCUCAAAACUCUGGCUUCUCCCAUUCCAUUCUCCUUCAUUUCGUUAAACCCCUCCUUUCGUUAUUUUCGUUUAGUUCAAAGAAUGGCUGAGCGUGUUAUCACCCGCGUCCACAGCCUCCGUGAGCGUUUGGAUGAGACCCUCACUGCUCACAGGAACGAGAUUUUGGCCUUGCUUGCAAGGAUUGAGGGUAAAGGGAAAGGAAUUCUGCAACAUCAUCAAAUUAUUCUCGAGUUUGAAGCCAUCCCUGAAGAGAACAGAAAGAAGCUUGCUGAUGGGGCAUUUUUUGAAAUAUUGAGGGCUAGUCAGGAAGCGAUCGUGUUUCCUCCAUGGGUUGCACUUGCUGUUCGUCCAAGGCCUGGUGUUUGGGAGUACAUUAGAGUGAAUGUCCACGCUCUUGUUGUCGAGGAACUCACUGUUGCUGAGUAUCUUCACUUCAAGGAAGAGCUUGUUGAUGGAAGUUCAAAUGGCAAUUUUGUUUUGGAAUUGGAUUUUGAGCCCUUCAAUGCAUCUUUCCCUCGCCCAACUCUUUCAAAGUCCAUCGGUAACGGUGUGGAGUUCCUCAAUCGCCACCUUUCAGCAAAAUUGUUCCAUGACAAGGAGAGCAUGCACCCCUUGCUUGAAUUCCUCAGAGUCCACUGCCACAAGGGCAAGAACAUGAUGUUGAAUGACAGAAUUCAAAACCUGAAUUCUCUCCAACAUGUUUUGAGAAAGGCAGAGGAGUAUCUCAGUACACUGCCCGCUGGGACACCAUAUGCCGAAUUCGAGCACAAGUUCCAGGAAAUUGGCUUGGAGAGAGGUUGGGGUGAUACCGCUGAGCGUGUGCUUGAGAUGAUCCAACUCCUUUUGGAUCUUCUUGAGGCACCUGACCCUUGCACCCUUGAGAAGUUCCUUGGUAGAAUUCCCAUGGUCUUCAAUGUUGUGAUUCUUACUCCCCAUGGAUACUUUGCUCAGGACAAUGUUUUGGGGUACCCCGACACUGGUGGCCAGGUUGUUUACAUCUUGGAUCAAGUCCGUGCCUUGGAGAAUGAGAUGCUUCACCGCAUCAAGCAGCAAGGACUCAACAUUACCCCUCGUAUCCUCAUUAUUACUAGACUUCUCCCUGAUGCUGUGGGAACAACUUGUGGUCAGAGACUUGAGAAAGUAUAUGGAACAGAGUACUCAGAUAUUCUUCGAAUUCCCUUCAGAACAGAGCAGGGAAUUGUACGUAGAUGGAUCUCAAGAUUUGAAGUCUGGCCCUACUUGGAAACUUAUACUGAGGAUGUUGCUCACGAAAUUUCCAAAGAGUUGCAAGGCAAGCCAGAUCUGAUCAUCGGAAACUACAGUGAUGGCAAUAUCGUUGCCUCCUUGUUGGCACAUAAGUUGGGAGUUACACAGUGUACAAUUGCCCACGCUUUGGAGAAGACAAAGUAUCCAGAUUCUGACAUCUACUGGAAGAAGCUUGAGGAUAAAUACCAUUUCUCCUGCCAAUUUACAGCUGAUCUUUUUGCAAUGAACCAUACAGAUUUCAUCAUCACCAGUACUUUCCAAGAAAUUGCUGGAAGCAAGGACACUGUUGGUCAAUACGAGAGUCACACAGCUUUUACUCUUCCUGGCCUCUACCGCGUUGUUCAUGGGAUUGAUGUAUUUGAUCCCAAAUUCAACAUUGUGUCACCUGGUGCUGACAUGAGCAUAUACUUCUCUUAUACUGAGGAGAAGAGGAGGUUGAAACAUUUCAAACCCGAGAUUGAAGACCUUCUUUACAGCAAAGUCGAGAACGAAGAACACUUAUGUGUGCUGAACGACCGCACCAAGCCAAUUCUAUUUACAAUGGCAAGGCUUGACCGUGUCAAGAAUUUAACGGGACUUGUUGAGUGGUAUGGCAAGAACGCUAAGUUGCGGGAGUUGGUUAACCUUGUAGUAGUAGGUGGAGAUAGGAGAAAGGAAUCCAAGGAUUUGGAAGAGAAGGCUGAAAUGAAGAAGAUGUUUGAGAUGAUCGAGAAGUACAAGUUGAACGGUCAAUUCAGAUGGAUAUCAUCCCAAAUGAACAGAGUUAGGAACGGUGAACUCUACCGUUACAUUUGUGAUACCAAGGGUGCCUUUGUACAACCUGCUUUGUACGAAGCCUUUGGAUUGACAGUUGUUGAGGCCAUGACAUGUGGUUUGCCGACAUUUGCAACUUGCAACGGUGGACCUGCGGAGAUUAUUGUCCACGGUAAAUCUGGCUUCAACAUUGAUCCUUACCACGGUGAUCAAGCUGCUGAGAUCCUCGUCGACUUCUUUGAGAAGUGCAAGGCAGACCCAUCUUACUGGAACAAGAUCUCCGAGGGAGGCUUGAAACGUAUCCAGGAGAAGUACACAUGGCAGAUUUACUCCGAGAGACUAUUGACCCUGACUGGAGUGUAUGGCUUCUGGAAGCACGUUUCCAACCUUGACCGCCGCGAGAGCCGUCGUUACCUUGAGAUGUUCUACGCGCUGAAGUACCGCAAGCUGGCUGAAUCCGUCCCUCUGGCAGUUGAGGAGUAAAUUGAAGGCGUUGAAACAAUGGGCCCGUAGGUUCCCCGGAGGGGUUUUCAGAGAACUUUGAGAAUAAUCUUUGGUUGUUUUUGGAAUUUUGAUUGGACAAGAAAAGCCUCUUUUGUAUUUUCUCUUUUUUUUUUUUUUUUUGCUUUAAAUUCCGGCAUUGUUUGAACCUUGGGUGUUGAGCCCGUUAAUUACCCAGCAAAAGAUUGUGACUUUGCUCUUUCAUGUUCA